UGGCUACUCUAGUCUAGAAGGCGUUGCUUAAGUUAGUUUUCUCAUAUACAAAAUUCUCACAGUCUGUUAGAAAAAUGAAAUCGUCAUCUACACUUAGCAGACUACCAUUUUCUUUUUAUCAAUUUAAAAGGAAAUAUUUCAAAAUUGGAAUAGUGGAAAUGGUUGUAUUAUUACCCGGUGGUAAUCACCAUUAAAUAUGAUUAUUUUUUCAAUUAUCGUCAGAAAUUCCCGAACUUUAUCAAACACCAACUUUCAGCUACCGAUAAGCGAUAAGAUUAGUCGGUCGGCGCAAAUAUAUUUGCCAACUCAAGGCGCGUAAAGCGCAAUAAAUGUGGGUUUUAAAAUAAAGUUAUAAGCGAGCGUACGCUCCCAUAAAAGUGGGUCAUUAAUUCAACAAUUCGAGUAUUUAACAACGACACAGCGUUACCGAUAAUAAUGAGAAAACAACAAUAACAAAAUCAAUCGGCAAAUUCAAGUACGAGUGUGUGAAAAUCUCCACGUUAAUUCAUUGCAUAUAAUUACACUGCCGGUCCGGCCAGUCCGGUCAGUGUCAGUAACUCGGUAGCGGUGCAAACGCAAUGUGUUCAAAAGUAAAUUUCGCGCUACUCGCGCUCGCUUUCGCUGGCAUCGUCGCCAAUUGUCAAGCCACGACAUUGACGGAGCGUAUUUUGGGCGGUGAGGAUGUUGCAUCCGGUCAGUUCACUUUUGCCGUUUCGGUGCGUUUGGAUAGUGCGCAUGUGUGCGGUGGCAGCAUUAUCGGUUUGCGACAGAUAUUAACGGCGGCGCAUUGCGUUGUCGACGACAACAGUCAAGUUGUCGCCGCCAAUCGUGUUUCUGUGCGCGUCGGCAGCGUCAAUCAGUUUGCCGGUGGUAAGAUCAUCUACGCUGAAUCCAUUGCCGUAGAGCCUUCGUACACAUACAUAAACAAUGAUCUCGCUGUAAUAAAGUUGAGCAGUGAUGUUCAAGUGGGCAGCAGGAUCUCCAUAAUUCCCAUUGCCACUAGCGCUAAUCAAGCGCCAGCAGUUAGCACCGCGGUAUCCGUUGCCGGUUGGGGUGAGCAGUCGUCUGGCGCGGCACCAUAUAAAUUGCAAUCGGUCGCAUUCUCAGUGGCCAGCGAGGAAGAGUGCACCAAAGGUUUCCCCGAGCAUGAUGAGACCACUUUCUGCUUGGCGCAUAAUCUUAAGGAGGGCAGUUGUCUGGGCGAUGCUGGUAAUGGUGUUGUCUACAACAAUCGUUUGGUUGGUGUCGCAAGCUUUGUGGUCGGUGCAUGCGGUUCACGUUAUGCAGAAGUGUUCGUGAAUGUCCCACACUUUGCGGAAUGGAUCCAGACUCAAUUGUAAAUUGGAAUUAAUUGAAAAGUUGGUGCAAUACAGUUAUAUUAUGUAGCAGCAAAGCGAAUAAAUUUUGAAAUAUUUUAAUAAA